GAACUUCCUUAUAGAUUUGCACUUUUUUAUUUGGAGUUGGCCAUUCCUGAAGAAACGUGCACCAAAGAUUCUUGGCAUAUUUCUUUGUAGAGAGAGGAUUUUGGAGUGGGAGAGUUUGCAGGGAGGAGACAUGCGUAAUUUCACCCCAACAGGCAACACUUGUGGUUCAUUCUUCUUCUUCUAAUUGUACCGGAUCCCAAUUCCCGAAGGUCCCCUCUCUCUGCCUCUCUUCCUUUCAAUUUUCAGCUACUACCUAUCUAUGAAUAUGCAGUUUCUUCGUUUCCGGCGUGCCUUAAAAAAUAUGUGGGAUUUUGAGUACGUGGUUUAGCAUACAAGCUGCACUUCGUUGUUGUUGUCGCUGUUUCUUUUGAUUAUCUGCUACACCUGUGGGAUUUUGUUUGUAUGCAUGUGGGUUUUAGGUAAAUCAGGUAAUGGGAUGUUUUAUAAGAGACGAUUCUUUAGUUGAGUGCAGAAUGAAGGAGUAAAGGAAAUGGAACAUCUAAGCCUGCAAUUACAAGGUCACAACUCGCCUCCAGCUCAAUCAUCAUCGUUUCUGUCCCAACUAGAAGUUACUGCUACAAGAAGAACUACUUCUCAAGAUCAGUCUUGUGUUUCAUCUGGAUCGGAAAGUCAUGUAAAACAAUUAGCUGCUCCAAUCAAGCCCAUGUUCUUCAUCGGCAAUCCAGAUUUUUCUGUGAGUCCGUCCCAAUGCGAAAUGAGUCAAUCCGCGAUUCACUCUCAGUACAAUUACUCAGAUCCAUACUACAGUGGGUUAUUUCCUGCUUAUGGACCUCAGCCUUUUCCUCAAAUGGUUGGUGCUGCGCCUGCUCGGGUACCAUUACCUAUAGAUGUUGCAGCAGAUGAUGGACCAAUUUAUGUCAAUGCAAAGCAGUAUCAUGGAAUACUAAGGAGGAGACAAAUACGCGCGAAACUUGAGGCACAAAACAAACUUGUGAAAAACAGAAGGCCAUAUCUGCAUGAGUCUCGCCACCUUCAUGCAGUUAAGAGGGUUAGAGGAUCAGGUGGCCGUUUCCUUAGCACAAAGAAGCUGGUGUUGCAAGGUUCUUCUUCUCCUGCCACUGAUUCUAUUCUGCAGCAGCACAGUUCCUCUUCUUCGCACAUCCUGAUGCCCCGAGCUGUUGCUGCUGUCUUCCCGCAGCAGCAGCAGCCCGAUCACAGACUCUUGGGCAUUUCAUCUCACAUGCAAGGCGGGAUCCGGGAGUAUUAUUCUCCUAUCCUACUGUGAUUAGGAUUUCCCAAGCUCUCAUAAUUCAUUUGCCGGCAUUUCAUCCUUGGCUAUUGUUACUUUUGCUCUCUAGUUUGGGAAUUUGUCUUACUCACUCGAUUAUUAACUGCAAAACGUUCUUGACUUUAUACGUUUCAGAGAAUGCGUGAUUCCUCGUCAUACUUUUAAGGUUACACUGAUAAGAAACAACUUGUCUGUAUGAAUCAAGACUUAUCAUAUAUUGA